CCGCGGAGAGCAAUGGGAUGCCUUCUCUUUCAUCAUACACCCCCUUCGAGUCGCUGCUUUUCUUCCAGUCUCUCGCGACCCUAAAGACACGUCCAGACAGCUUUGCGCCAGUCUCAGAGCUCCUCCAGAACAAUCCGUUUAUCCAGCAGGAUGUCAAGUACGACGCGAGCCGGCUGAGUCCGCAGGCCCUGGAGGAGCUAUACUCGACCCUUUUGGCAGACGGGUUCCGGUCUUCGGACGAUGAAGCAUCAGACCACAGCCACGGUGCACAGGAAACUUCCAAUCUGAGGAAGAGGAAACAUGCUCAGACCGUGCAGAAUGGAACUACAACAAGGUCACACUCGGCUGCCAUGCCAGAUUUGGUCAAUAAGCUCUACGCUAGGUACAAAGAACGCGUGACAAGGGAGAUACGGCGAGAGGAACAGCGGUACGCAGAGAUCAAGGACGAGAUACGGCGGCUGGAGGCUGGUGAGGACCUGCAGAAACCACCUGCCACUGUCAGUUCGAACGUGGCGGCCGGUCCAAGUGCUGUUACCCCCCCUGCUGCACAGUCGAGGCCAGACGCGGUGCGGGAAAAGGUGCUCGGCAGGAUACCACAGGAAGGUGUUCAAGUAGCAAUUCCAAUACCCACGACCGCAGGCACAUCGCAGGGAAUACGGUCAGCGCAACCCACGGUAGGACCUCCUCCAUUAACUAUCCCCCAAGAAGCUCCUGGUCCAGCUGCGUAUAACUUCAAACCACUGCCGUUGGCCAGCCAGGCACAGCAACAUCCUCCUAUACAGACUCCUCCGCCUUCCACUGGGACCAUAUAUCCCAACAUACAGCCAUUUCCCCCGCCUGCUCAUCCUACUACAACCAUACCCCAACCACCCACAUACCAAAACACCACCCCGCCCGUUCCUCUCUCCAGAGCCCCUCCCACCCAACCUCCAGCGAGCAUCACUUGGAAUAAGACAUCCCAACUACCACCUAAAACGGCUCCCCAGACCGUCAAGUUCCAACCCCUCUUAACCCCGCAAACUAUUCCCCAGUCCUCCUACGGCCACGGAUCCCCUCGCACAACCCCCAAACCAGGCAGCCAGGCCCGUAACAAAGCAACACCUACGCAGAAAACUCCUGUCCCUAACGUCGACAAACCCAGCGUUCCUCUUCCCCAGAAUCCACCUUUGCCAGCUACGCAGCCUAGUGGUUUAAGCAACCUUGCCCCCUCAACACCGGUAGUCCAACCCACUGUCGCGCCGGAUACUGCUGCCCUUGAGAAACUAAAGACUCAGCUUCCCUCUUUCGCACAGUCAAUAGGCCGGAGGCCACCGAAACCGUCAUUGGUCACAUCAAGUGGCAAUACACCUUGGAAGAUACCGGGCCCGAUAUCUCUGCCGGGUGAACCAGGGUCUCCCGAACGACCAAAGUCUGCGGAUAUCAGCCCUAUCAGUGAUCGAGCCUUAUCACCUUCAGGGCAAGAAGAUGUAGAACAGUGGGCUGGACAAGGUGCACGCCGUAAACUUGAUCUUGGCGGUGGCCGAGGUACUGCGUCUCGUGACAGCCCCAGGAACGUUGGAAAGGAUGUGCUGGAGGCUGCUUCGCCUACCAAUCUGCCUUCCGGGCGGCCUCGGACACGUGGUCAGUCUAUCACUUCUCGCGGCGAGGAAACUAGCCGUAAUAUCAAAAACGAGCUUCCGAGCACGCCAGUAGGUAUCACCGGGGAUGAUUUUGACACCAGCACUUAUCGGGCAAAGCGAAAGCGAAGCCCCAGUGGAUCGUUUUCUCUAGGACAAGAACAGCGGCCGACAGAUUGGACGAGAGACAACCGAUAUGUGAUGUGCUCGCGAACAUUUGGUCGCACAUGCGGUCCUAUAAUGAACGACGUAGCUGCUCAUAAAUAUGCGUCCAUCUUCGCUAAACCGCUAACCAACCGUGAUGCACCAGGGUACAAAGACCUGAUCUACCGCCCUCAAGACAUAAAAUCUAUCAAAUCAGCAAUACACCAGGGCAGUCGCGCUGUUGCUGCGGCUUCAGAAACAAUGAAUCCGACCCAAUCAACAGAUGAAUCUCCGCCAGCAACAGCAGGGUCAGGUGCAGUCCCUUCUCCUAAGAGCAACGUACUCUUAGCUACGAAGUCAGCUGAACUGCUACCACCGAAGGGAAUAGUAAACUCGUCGCAACUAGAAAAGGAGCUAAUCCGCAUGUUUGCGAACGCCAUCAUGUUCAAUCCAACGCCUGAUCAUACGUUUGGCCCAUCAUUUCCCAUGCGAACCGAUUCCUCUUCCCGGGAGGGCACGCGGAGCGCAGAACCAGAUGAGGGAGGUAUCAUCAACGACACGCUGGAGAUGUACGAGGAUGUGGAGAAAGCGAUUUCGACAUGGCGCUCCGCUGAACGCCCGAUGGACGAUGCCGGUGGGAAGGCCUUCUUGGCUUUAAAACGAGGAACACCGGGAGAUCUUAAUGACGCAGAUGAUUGA